AGUCGAAACAGGGAAGACCGAGAUUGUCGAGCUGCUGCUCGCAAGGAAUGAUGUGAAAGCCGACUCCAAAGAUACAUAUGGCCGGACACCGCUUUCAUUAGCUGCCGGGAUGUCCAAGAAACACUUUUGGUUGGCUAUAUACGUCGACAACGAUAACGAUGAUAUCGAAGACGAUGACAUCCGGAAAUAUCCAAAGCCUAAUUAUGCGAUUGUGGAGUUACUGCUUGCGAGAGAUGAUGUCGAUGUCAAUUGGAGAGACGAACAUGAGCAGCUCCUUUCCCGGAAAGAUAUCAAUGUGAACCUGCCAGGCGAGCACGGAGACUCGCCCCUGCACUGUGCGGUGCGCUCUGGACAUCAACAUGUGACGUCUUUACUUCUUUCACAUCAUGCCAUUGAGCCCAACUUGAAAAACGCCAAGGGACAGACACCACUUCACUGUACGGUUGUGGGCACAGACCCCGAAAAGAACCCACCCAACUAUAGGCCUAUGGGCAGGCAGGAGGUUAUUGCAGGCCUUCUUCUUGCGCACCGAAACAUUCGUGUUGACUUGGAGGACGAUAAUGGAUCGACGGCGUUGAUGCUUGCUCGUUCGCUCUCGGCUGUACCCAUAGUGAAGCUCCUUGAAGUAUAUGCAAUGAAGAGCGGGGCCAAGUGGAUGAACAAAGCUCCGUUGAUGGGCACGAUGAUGGUUGGCCAUCAGACAAUACGUAGAGGACAUACUGCCAAACCUUCACUAUGUCGGAUACCAUGCAUAACAACGGUGCCAUCCCGCGCGCAUGCCAAUGAUCGAGACAUUUCUCAUAACCCGUCCGAAUUGUCUUCCUCCUGCAUCAUCCACGACGACCACCCGCCUUCACCUGACUGAUGACUUCGUUCCCUGACGUGUCGAUGUUACUUUACCGGCCGCGGUCUGUUUCUUCUUGUUCGACUUCACCACGUCUACCCACGACUGUAGAACGAUCACCUUGGCGCCUUUCAGGAAAGGGCGUGUGAGGUGUUGUAAGGGGGGUUGUGUUGUAUGAUUGUACCUUGUCAUGGGUUGAGUAUUAUUUUU